AUGGUCUUCGAAGUGUUGGACUCACUUCUUCACUGGAGCUGGUCUUAUGGUUCCUCGACAUCCACCUCGUCUCACGAGUCCAAAAAGCUCAAGAAAAAACAUGUUCGCUCUCGUGCUGAACAAAUUGCGUUGAACGGAUAUGCCAAACCAGGCUCCACGAAUGGCGAGGAGCAUGUCGAAGGACAUUAUCCAGGAUUAGUCAAUAUCUCGGGCACCUACUGCUUCAUGAAUUCGACAUUACAGGCAAUGGCAUCAUUAUCGUAUUUGCAGCCCUAUAUAGAUGCUGUCCAUGCCAAAGCUGAAGCACUAGAUGUUCCUUCACCCGUCAUAGACGCCCUGCAAGAUCUGCUCCGCGAUCUGAACUCUCCCCAAUCUUCUUAUAAUUCCAUACGGCCUAUGGCUAUUAUCUCUGCGCUGGCGGAUCACUCCUCUGGAAAACACAAUUCUCUCUUCUCGUCUCGUGAGCACCAAGAUGCUCAAGAGCUCUUUCAACUUGUAUCAGAGUGUAUAAAGAAGGAAGUUCUGGCAACCGACAAAGAAGAAUAUCGUGACCGUGGAUUCGGUGGCCUUUCGCGGAUGGGAGAAGCCAAUAGAGAGAUUGGUAAAAGUGUAUUCGACGGACUUACAGCAAACCGAAGAAGCUGCAUGGAGUGCGGAUACACAGAGGCUGUCAUGCACUUUGCUUUUGACAGUUGGCAGCUAGCGGUACCUCGUAUGGCUGCUAGCUGCGGACUCGAAGAAUGCCUUGCAGAAUAUACUAAGCUGGAGUUACUGACUGACUGUAUCUGUCGCAAAUGCUCUAUGGUAGCUACCCAUCACAGGCUUGUACAAGAAGCAGAUAGACUCGCAGAUGUGGUGAACGCAGACCCUGAUGCAUCCUCGUCGAAGAAGCGACGAGCGAAGGAUGCGAGAAAGUUGGAAUUGAAAGUGAAGGCGGCCCUAGACCAAGGCCGGAUCGAAGAUGAUAUAAAGGGGGUCAAGAUGGAAAAGGUGUUCAGUAGAGCUUCUACAAAGCAAGCCAUGAUUGCCAGGCCUCCUCCCGUUCUUGCAUUGCAUCUCAAUCGCUCAUUGCACUACGGUCAGUAUGCAGCCAAGAACACAAUUCGCAUCGUCUUCCCAGAGAUCCUUGACCUCACCCCGUUCAGCACCUCCGGUAACUUAUCAACAGCCCCAUCUGUCCCCAUAUCCUCGCCUCCACCUGCCUUACCUCGUUCUACAACCCCGACGCCUGCCACCUAUGCCACAUCGCGCACUCUCUACCGCCUAUCGGCAGUGGUCUGUCACUAUGGACAACACUCGUUUGGUCAUUACGUCUGUUACCGACGAAAACCACGACCAACGUCAGUACAACCACGCUAUACGCCACCAAAGCAGGUGGAUCCUCUCGACUGCGAGUGUGCCAAGUGCCAACGGUUGGGGCCUAUUAGGGACGACGACGACGCCCUUGAUUCCAUAUAUCGACCGGGACACGGAUGGCUACGUAUAAGUGACGACUCUGUUAGAGAAUGUGGGAUAGAGUCCGUCUUGCAAGAGGGUGCCGGUGCGUUCAUGUUGUACUACGAGCGCGUGAUUUCGUCCCGUCCCGGUAUACUUCCCCUGCACGACUCUCCUAGGAGCUCAGAGGAAACACUGAAAGCACAGAGCCCUAUUCCUGUUCGCCUGGAUAUCAAUCGAUCAACAUUGUCGUUGAGCAGCCUUAGGCCGGACGGAAUGGACGAAAGGUCGAUGCUAGGCGCAAGAAUUGUUCGUAGCGUGGCCGCUGGGCGAGGUAGAAGUCAAUCUGCUACUCCUUCUGAACGCAACACCACAGUUGAACCUUCUGAGAACGGCCACGCUACACCUUUCCGAGCACCAACAGCCAACGGGGACGCGACCUCGCACAUACCUAACCAGGUCAAAGCAUCUCCCUCCAAGUCCUCAUCAUUAACUUCGAGCUCAUCUUCUAAAUCACCCAAAUCACCACCACAGAUGGACUCUUUGCACAGUUGCUCAACGUCCUCGUCUCAUUCGCGACAUCAUCCCUUGUCCUCCAAAUCACAUCGAAUACAAAGUCCACAGUCGUCAACCGUAAUAGGCCUCACCGCAUAA